UUCACACUCUUGCCUCAUCAAAGCUUUUAGCAGCAGAUGCUACCUCAAAAUUACCGAAUUGGCAGAUUUCCUUUCCCUGAUUUUUGGUGCUAAUAAACCAAAAAGUUGUUAAAAGGAAAGAAAAACCAAAGCCCAACUGGCAGAUUACUUCUGAGGAAUUCUCUAAGCUUCAAGGUUUCAAAUCCUGCUUCGCUCUCGACGCCUUUCCAUUCUUCCUGCAUUCCGUUGUGUGUUCCUUCCUUCUCUUGAAAGCACAGUGAUGUACUAAUUUCAGAAGACCUACCCUGCCUAUCAGGAAGACAUCUUUUUAAACUAACCCAGAAUGAUGAUAAUGAAGAAUGAAGAAUCUCUCUCUUCUGGCUGUUGUUGAGAUUGUUCCUAUGCUUUGUUCCCACUGGGAUUGUUUAUUUUUAUAUGGAAGGCUCUAGAACAAGAGCUAAACUACAGGAUCAUUGUAAAACAGUGAUCUGUAGAUUAGUGUUUCUCAAACGCUAUCACUCACCACAGAACUUGUACUCUCAUGGCAUGGAGGCUUGGCUGAAAACAGCAUGGCAUAAGGUGCUGAAGAACACUGAUGGCAAACUUUAAGGGCCAUGCUCUCCCAGGGAGCUUCUUCUUGAUAGUUGGACUGUGGUGGUCAGUGAAGUACCCACUGAUGUACUUUCACCAGAAGGGGAAAAGCAGCCGACUGACUCAUUACCAUCAGUGUCUCGAGAUCAUUGAAGCCGCAAUCAGAACCUUGUUUUCAGUCAUUGGGAUCCUGGCCGAGCAGUUUGUUCCGGACGGGCCCCACCUCCACCUGUACCAUGAAAACGAGUGGUGCAAGUUAAUGAACUGGCAGCACAGCACCAUGUAUUUAUUCUUCGCAGUCUCGGGAAUCGUGGAUAUGCUCACCUGUCUUGUCAGCCACGUUCCCCUGGGGCUGGACAGACUGGUUAUGGCUGUGGCAGUAUUCACCGAAGGUUUUCUCUUCUACUACCACGUCCACAACCGACCACCCUUGGACCAGCACAUCCACUCACUCCUGCUGUGUGCGGUGUUCGGAGGGGCUUUCAGCAUCUUUGUAGAGGUGGUUCUCCGGGACAAUAUUGUGCUGCAACUUUUCCGAACCAGUCUCGUUAUUCUUCAGGGCACCUGGUUCUGGCAGAUUGGGUUUGUGCUGUUCCCACCGUUUGGAGGACCCGAAUGGGACCAGAAAGAUGACGCAAACCUCAUGUUCGUCACCAUGUGCUUCUGCUGGCACUACUUGGCUGCCCUCUGCGUUGUGGCCAUCAGCUACUCGCUCGUUUUCUGCCAUUUGACUCGGUUAAAGAGGCACGGAGGAGAAAUCAUUGGCAUUCGGAAGCUGAAGUCAGAUCACACUUACCAGACGGCCCUCUUGAGUGGCUCAGAUGAGGAAUAAGGGAGGCCACCCGUCAUCAAUGCGGGGUGGACAAGCCCCUUUGAGUACGAACAGCUAGAGUGUGCAAAGGGGUAGCUCAUCUCCAUUUCAAUGCUUGCUCUGGUCUGCUCUUAACGUUCUAUAUAUUUGCACCUUCUCAUUUAACUGACUAAAGUCUCUGUUGCUAUGGUAUCCUUCAUAAAGAAAAAUGAAGCAAGCCUUUGUGUCCCAGUAUGAAGAGAAAUCAAAGACUCUGAAAGUUUCAGAACGGGAUGGGGCCUCAUGGAUGAAUCCAGGAUAUGAAUCCAGCAGAAAAUACUGCUUUUGAUAACUUACUCCUUUUUUCUGAAGAAAACAGGUAGCUUAUCAGAAAUUGAGACUGCCUUUAUUUUAAAGAUACAAUUCUAGCACAUUUUUUUUUUAAGUAAAACAAUUUAUAAGCUUUGGUACUUUAAAUAUUACUUGUUAAACAUUUCUUAAUUAACCAUUAAUAUUCCAGAGUACUACAAUACUACUCGUAAGUGAUGACAUUAGGCCAAAGGUGACUUUUUUUUUUUUUUAAACCAGGAAGCUAGUUAGUGGCCCAGCUGAGAGCUGGAACGCUGAUGUUCUGGGUCCUCAAAAGUACCCUCACAAGAAGAUGCUAACAGGAAGUCUGUAUAAUGAGGUAGAGAGAAAAAUGGCAGGUUAUUGAAGACCCUGAAUUUAAAUACAGCUGAAAGCAAAGGGUAAGAAUCCUGCAAAGGAUGUGGAUCUUGAAAUAGUAAUAUAAAGUCUUGACACUGUAAUCCUGGUUCUGGAUGUUUUUUCUUUCUUUUUUUUUUUUUUUUAUAAAACUUCAACAAAUAUUUAUUAAACAUCUACUUGGCACCGGCACUGAAAUGGUUGGAAAGAUUACUGAGAUACCUGUCCAGCCAGGAAUUCACAGUCUAACGGGAGAGAGAUGCAGUUACCUACAGGGUGACUGGUGCCAUAAGGGGUAAGUACAACUACCAUGAAUGUGAGGGAGGGGAGGAGAUGGGGAGUCUGCCCUGGAGAAACAUGUUCCGGGCAUAGAGAACAGGAAGCACAGCGACCAUGAAAUCAUGAAGGAACACGGAGAGUUAGUUAAGUUCCACAAACUGACAGAAGUGGGCUAGGACAAACUGGAAAGGUCUUCCAGACCAACCUAUCAUUCGUGUGUACAGCACCUCACACACACUGACAGGCACCGUCUCCCAUGUGAUUCGCACAACCACCUAUAAUGGAAGCACAUUCGGUUCUGCAGAGAAGUUGAUGAGCCAAAGGUCACAGAGCUAUGAAGUCGCAAAGCCAGCCUUCAAGACUCCAAAGCCAGCUUACUUCUCGAUAGAGCCCCCCCAGCUACUCCACACAGAUACGGCAGAGAUCUUCGACACACAGCACCAUGUGCUCUUCGGAAGAAAUGCUGUACUUGAGUGAGAGCUGACCUCCCACGGUUAGCUAGCAUUUCAGUGCUGAAGUCACAUCUCAGGGAUUAAGAAUUAGCUACUUGAAAAUGGGAUUUAAUUAUGAGAAGAGAACCUGUGGGUCCCCUUUCAGGAUCCAGUUUUGUUUGCCUGCUAAGUAGGAACCCAAACAUCCAUUCAGUUAAGUACUGGAGGACCCAUUAUGGGCAAUUAACAUAAAAACAUGUUCUUUCCCGAAGAGACUGGAGGUGGGGGUAAGGAACCUAUUCACAGUGUUCCUUUCAUUGUAAAGAUCGCUGCGGGUGGAUGGGGUGGGGUAGUGCGGUACACGGUAAGGAAAUGUAUUUUCUGCAGAGUGAGGGGUUGAGGUGUGAAGAUCAGACAGGCAACACUGAAACUUAUUGUGAUGCCCCUUUCGUAUCACGGUUUGGGAUACCUUCAUGGAACUGAUCAAUCCUGGAGAAAAACCUUCUUAGAUGUGGUAUUAAAGUACAAACCCAUCACAGUGCUAGUCACCAAAUCCAGUCUUAAGCACACGGUCUGAAUAAUUUUACCAACCUCUGAACCUUAGGUGCGGAGGCUCAAGGGCUCCCACAAGUUCUUCUGGGCAUGUUCCCCCAAAACAUCUGCCAUAGCUCUCACAUCUCUACAAGACCCUUGAGGUCUAUAUCCAAGGGCCAUGUUUGAAGCAAAUGCUGCUGACAUCCCUUGAACAACUCCAGCAGGGGCUGCCCUUCCUCAGCACCCUACCGACAGGCUGGGCGGUACCAAAUCGUACUCAGCAGGGAGCCAGUCCCACACUAGCAUCCUGAAACUUCUCUGUUCUCUGAGCUGGCAGGUAAAUGUCUCCAGGCACUAAGGAGACAGACACAGCCAGGUGACUUCAGUAAAUAAAAGAGUGGGGCAGGGCUGAAUGUCGGAACUACUUUCAUGCAAUCACUUGUUAAGUAACUUCGAGAAAGGUUUGUUUUAACCAGCAAUAAAUACCUGAGACAGGAUCCCUCAAAUGUC